GUGAGCGGUAGAGCGGCGGCGAGUGUGUGUCGGCAUAGAGCGAGCGAGCGAGCGAGCUAGGCGAGAGCGCGUGCGGUGGUGGUGGUGUGACGACUGGUGCCGUGGACGGACGGACGGACGGGUCGGUCGGUCGGUCGGUCGGUCGGCGGUCGGGCCGUGGUGUGUGGAAGGACGAAGGAAGGAAGGAAGGAAGAAAAACGCGAGGAGGAAGUGUGCAAAAUUCGCAAGUGCGCGCUGUGUCGGCGGCGGUGAGAGAGGAGAGGAAUACGUUGGGGAUUUGUGUGAGGGCAUAGCUCGCUGGUGGCGAUCCGAAGAAGGGAGAUUAUCAUCGUCGCCGCCGUCGUCGUCUCGAAGGGGACUCCACGGAUCAGUGUGUCGUUGGGAUCUCUGUCUGUCUCGUUCUUUUUUCCGCGUUCACUCUCACACGCAUACACACUCUCUCCGUCUCCUUUUAUCUCUCUCUAUCUCUCUCUCUGUCUGUCUUUCUCUGCCCCUCACUCUCCGAUCGUCGGGGGGCCUGCCGCCGCGAGGACGUCGAGGGAACGACGACGCGUGGAAGUUUAACCGGGAGAAGAGGAGCGUGUCGUGAGGAGCACAAUGUCCGACCGGGAGAGCCUGGACGAUCAACCGCAAAAAUAUGGAAACCCUGGCGGUAUGGAUGCUGGAGGUGCUGACUUCGAUUCUGGUCAGCAAGGCCAGCAGAGCGAGCAGGAGUUGGCGACGAAAAUGUUGCAAAUUCAAAGCAAAAGAUUCUACCUUGAUGUAAAACAAAACAGGCGUGGGAGGUUUAUCAAAGUCGCCGAGAUUGGAGCGGAUGGAAGGAGAAGCCAAAUCUACCUGGCACUUAGUACAGCAUCCGAAUUUCGGGACCAUUUAUCGACAUUUAGCGACUUUUACGCAUCUCUAGGUCCACCAAAUCCGGAAAACGUGCCAGAUGACGGAAAACUCAAGUCAGAGAUGAUGGUGAAGGAUAAUAGGCGGUAUUACUUGGACCUCAAGGAGAAUUCUCGCGGCCGUUUCCUGCGGGUGAGUCACCCUGUGUCGCAGACGAUAACACGGGGAGGUCCCAGGACACAGAUUGCGAUACCGGCGCAAGGCAUGAUAGAAUUUCGCGACGCGUUAACGGACCUUCUCGAAGAAUUCGGGACAGACGACGGUGGCUUCAAAGGCGACCUGCCGGAAGGCCGUUAUAUGCGCGUGGACAGCAAAAAUUUCUAUUUUGAUAUCGGCCAAAACAAUCGUGGCAUCUACAUGAGAAUUUCUGAGGUGAAAACAAACUUCAGGACAGCCAUCACCGUACCGGAGAAGUCCUGGGCGCGUUUCCGUGAUAUCUUCGCAGAUUAUUGUGAGAAGAUGAAGGAAGCCGGUGCCAGCGGCAUUAGCAGCUCCACCGCCGGCGGUGGGAACGUAUUGUCCGAGGGGAAGGGUUCAGUGGUGGCACAGGUACCAUCGCCAUCCACGAGCACGCAGCCUAACCCCAAUCCAAAUUUAGACUCUCCCCUAAUCAAGUGAAAAAGGCUUUAACUUAACUCGAACAUUGGGAAAUUAUAACUCGUAACUCGUUUUCAAGUCAUUAAGCGAAGUAAAGGAACUUGUCAGAGUCUAUGCCAUCGUCAUCGUCAUCAUUACUCGGCUACGGCAUCGGCAUGGUCAUCAUCAGCAUGAUCAUCGUCAUUGUCAUCGACACCAUCACUGUCACCGUCGCCGAUAUCGAUACCACCGUCACCGUCACCGUCAUCGACGACACACCAUCAUCGUCACAUUCGCCGUCAAGCGCGAACACCAAAACACGCCUGAAACACGGCCAUUAUAUCGCAGAGUAUCAGCCGAUUGUUGAGUAUAUUCGUAUAGCCACAGAUUUGAUAAUGAUAAAAAGAAUGAAACGAUGGAAAAAAACAAACAACGUGAAACGGAUGCGCGACGGUAUACGUGGUUAAGAACGUGAUUGUCGGCGCGUCUCGCGAAAACUAGGAAGACGGAAGGUGGAAGGAAUGAAUCGAGGGAUAGAUGGUGUGUGUGUGUGCGAAGGGAAAACGAGUCACUGCCGCUCGUGCGACUAACACAGAAUAGAUAAAAAGAAGAAAAAAAAAGAAGAAAAAGAUAACACGCAACGACGAGAUAGAGAGUAAUAAUUACCGCGCGAUGUCUUUUUAGGCGAACACAAGUUGCCAUCGAUUAACGUUAUGAGUACUACCGUUCAUUUCCUGGCUUCUUUUAGACGCACGUUUCGUUUGUUCCGUUUCCUGAUUUUCUUGUUUUAAAUUACUAAAUUCUCAGAGGAGAGAGACACUCGGAGUACAUGUAAUUUCAUCAUUUACUUGUCACGUGCGCAUUGAACGAAUGAGAACUUUCGAACGGGAAAUGGACUGUAGUGUGGAUCACGUUACAAUUGAAUUUGAUCGUUCAGAAUUUAUAAAUAUAAAUAGUUGUUAUAUUAACGAUUAUAUCAUGACGAAGUAGGAAGGAAAAGGCGUGUGGGUUUCGUCGCGAGAAAGAAAAAAAACAAGUAAGAAAUAAGAAAGAUCUAUCUCGUGUCUACAUAGGCAAGUACGUAUUACGUAUUUUACGUACGACGUAAAAAAAAAGAAACAAACUGAACGACGUCUCUAUUAAAAUAAUAUUACGAGAUAAUAUAUAACAUAGGUGAAAGAGAGAGAGAAUGGGAGAAAAAAAUGCUACCCGAGAGAAAGAGAGAGAGUACGAAAAAAACCAUAUUAAUAUAUAUAUAUAAAUAUAUAUAUACAUAUUGAUAUAUGUAUAUUAUACAAAGUUAAUUAUGUUACUGUUCUUCUGUUUCAUCGAUUCGUACGAAAGGUGCGCAUGCAAUCAUUCAUAAGAAGGCGUGUAUACCAAAUACACGCUUUCACGGAACGCAUAACACACACACACACACACACGUAUACAGACAGUAAAUAAAGGAUGGAAGCACACAAAACAUCUGAUACAUCAAUACACUAUACCAAAAUGCAAAACACUGACAAUUCCGACGCGACACUCCACAUCGAAAACCCACAGAAUACACGCGCGACACGCAUGAAGAUAUAUUCCACCAUGAAAGACAUAUUCCAUCACGAGGGGCGAACGGUACAAGGGGACGGUGUGCACGUGUAAUGUAAUAGAUUACGUAAGUUCGAGCGAUGGCCGAGUUUAACACAAUUGCAUAUUAGGUAUGUAUUAUACGAAUGCAUAAUAGGUAUUUAUAUAGAAUCUAUAUAACUGUAUAAUUGUAACGAAAUGCCAAUGUCCGCGGACCCAGGCUACUGCGCAAAAGUCCCGGCAACGGCGCGAUCCUUAAUCGAAUUGAGACGCGCCGUUGUUGCUGGCUCCUGCAGUCGCUUAGGCCCCGCCCGUCGGACACAGGAAGAAAGAUGAUGAGACAGAACGUAUGGCAGAGUGAAGGCGAGAGAUAACGCAUUUCGAGACGGUCGACUGGAGAAUAUAUAGAAGUGGAAAAUCACGCGAUCGAGUUUCCAUCUCUCGGUCGCAGGGAAAGGAGACCUUAAUACGCUUCGAUUCUGCAACGCUGUGCUAAUAUCAUCAAUGACAAAAUAUCUAUUCUUUUCUUCUCGCGUUUCUUCCGAUCGAGACGAUAAACCGACGUAAGACCCACUCGUAUUUCGCACUGGUGCGAAUACGAACGGUGCGAAUACGGACGAUGCGCUCUAUCAGAGAAACGCCAUAGACGCAUUCUAUUUAAUAAUUCUGUUUAUAAUCAAGUAUGCGUAAUUGACGCAUCUGUAUUCUGGGAAUAUUGAUUGAAAUUUUAUUUAUUUGCUAUAAGCGAGACAAAUUUACUAUAUCAUUUAUUUUGAACAAGAUGUUUUUUUUUCCUUUAAAAAUUUUUUUCUUUUAAAAAAGAAACGACAAUUUCGGCUGAUCUGAAUUCACUUAGCACGUAGAAGUCUCAAUGAUUACAAUAUAAAAUGUAAAAUAUAAAUCACGAUUACCAAUUCAAGUACGCACGAGUGGGUGGAACAUUGAGACUAGAACUCCGAUCCCCUUCGAUUUAAAUAUACUUAGUCCUUGUUCUAUCGUCUUUGUAACGCACUAAACGGAUAUACAUACACACACAUAUAUAUACAUAUAUAUGUGUGUAUAUGUGUGUAUCGUGUAUGUAGAAGCAACUAAUAAGUACCCGGACAGAUCCUUGACGAACGUAUUUACAACACUUUUACACUUAACGCGUUCACUCGUUCACCGUCGAACUUUUUAUUGAGUUCAAAGGGGAUCGGUAAAAUCCGCGAUCUGUGCACAAGCAUUGUAUAUUGUUCAAAAACCAAGCGUUGCAUUGCGACGGAAAACGGCAUAGAGGAGAGGCAUAGAAAAAUCGUUCACUGGCUAGGCAGAUGGUAUGACAUUGUGAUCUAUACAAAUUACAAAUCACAAAGCAUCCACAAGUAGUAGAUAUUUAAGAUAUAAAUACACACACACACGUACAUCUAUGGUGACUAGAGGGAGAAAGAGAGAGCGAGAGAGAAAGGGAGAGAAAGGGAGGGAAAGAAGAAACACUGUGUUACUAAUGCAUUCGCGCAACAGCGCGUGCAAAAAAAAAAACACAUACAAACACACGUUAUUAAAAGGCGAAAACGACUACAAACGUACCUAAAACUAACUAAAAACAAAACGCAGAGCGAGAAAGAAGGAGAGAGACAGAUAUAAAGAAACAAAAAAAAAUUGAAGAGAUACCGUCUGACACGUAAGAGUAAGCAAAGUAAUAUAAUGUGAAUGAAAGAAAAAAAACCACGACGCUCCUGCCACGCAGCGAGUCUUUAGACAGCUUUAAGAUAAUAAUUAUAAAUGAUAAAAUAAUAAUUAUUAAAUAAUAACGAUAAACUUUCUAUAUGUUGAAUCGUGUCUAGUGAGAGAAAAGUACUAUCGAAGUAAAGCAACACAAAAAUAAAAAUAAUAAUACUAUCGCCACACACAACACACGGAUUAAUGCAGUUUAUAUGACCAUCAAAAAAUUAGUUGUCUAUCGAAUAUUCCUUUCUUUGUCUUUUUCUUUUUUCAUAAGUACGUAGUGGAGAAGGUGGCUGUUAGAGAAUAGCUAAAAAAAAAUGAUGAUGUUUCGUUUUGUUGUGUUGCAAAACAAACGUUGCGCAGUUGGUGAUCGGCGGACCUUUUUGCUAAGUGUUAAAAAGUAAUGUCUACGUGAGGAAAGAAAGAAAAAAAAGGAAAAAAAAACAACGGGGGUGCCGGAGUCCCAUACCUGUGUUUUUAUAUUAUACGGUGGAGUUAUUACGCCGCAUACUGUUAUUCAUUGUCACGCGCUAUUAUUGUCACGUAGGAUUUUCAUACGUGAACGUUGUGCGACAACUGCGUGUAGCGACGUCAGAUGUGUCGCACCGUCAGAACGAGGAAAUGCAUCCACGAUGUGCACUCUGUAUACGCGAUGCGUGCUCUCCUCGUCGCGACUGUGAUUCUUCUCCGCUGCACGACGUUGUGACUUGUAGAGAGAAAGGGAGGAGGGAGACCACAACAGCUUCGCCACUGUAUGAAAAUCCUGCUGUCUCGCUGCGAUUAUUCUUAUCAUUAUUAUUAAUAUUAUUAUUAUUACGAUUAUAUUGUCAUUAUUCUUACUAUUACGAUUAUUCUUCUUAUUACCGCUAUCAUUAACUAUUAGUAUCAUUUAUCAUCGGAGCGCUACUAGUUGUGUACUGACCACUAAUAACGAGACCGGCCUCGAGCGGGCUGAUUUUCUUUUUUCCUUUACUAUAGCGUAUGCUAUGCUGUGACAAGAUCGGUCGAGUUUGCGAAUUCAGUGGCUUCUUUUUUCUUUUUUUAUCCCCGUAUCUUGUUUCCCUCAUACCACGGGCAAAAUCCUACCGCAUACCCUCUCUCUCCUCGCGUUUACUUAAGUUUCACACUCUUCCCUUCUACCGUAGACUCCGUUUUAGCAAUCGGCCCACUCAGGUCUGGCGUAGAGUCGAUGGUGAAGUACGGUUUCGUAGAAAGAAAGAAAGAAGGGACAGAGAGAGAGAGAGAGAGAGAGAAAGAGAAAUGAAAUGAGUGACGGAUAAUGCAGAGAUGAUGAUGGCCGAGAACAUCAUGCGAGUCGAGAAGAAAGAGAGUGAGCUAAAAAGAGAGAGUGACUCGAGAGAUCGACCGGCGCCAACGGAACUUUGAUCGACGGUGUUUAGAUUAGACUAAUUACUUAUUAGGUUCGCGGUCUAGCGGAUCGCACGUCGAAUUCACGAGCAAAGCUAUAUUAAUCGUCACCUUCGGCGCGGUGCGUUUUCUUUUACCUCCUCCUGGCGCGCUCUCGCGUGUGUGCAUGCGUGCGUGAAUGCUAUAAUUUGUGUGCGUGUAUACGCUCGACAAUCGAAGCGAGCGAGCUACUUUCUUUUUUGUAGGGCGGGGGAGAUGAAAAUGAGAGAUAUAAGAGGAGAGAAAAAAAGAUAAAUAAAUAAAAUAAAUAAAAUGAAACACACACCGAUCGCGAGGACGAUGCGCUGCCGAACAAUUAUGCGUUUAAUGUCACGCGAAGUAAUCGUCGCGAGAAUCACGCGCGCUCUGACCGAGUUAUCACAUUAUAUCAUCAGUAGCGUAACGAAAAAAAAAAAUUUUUUUCGAGUUUGUUAUUGCAGAAAAUAAGUGAGAUUUAAUUGCGAUUGGCCUUUGUAUGUCGUUUGAUUUAUUAAAGAUAACAGUCUGUUGCAAAUAUCAACGUUUUUCAUCCUCCCAACGCACAGCGCAGAUAUCCUUUUUUUUCGUAUCGUGUGUGACACUCGAUUGUAAUUAAGAAUCUAUUGUAGCGAUGUGAAUGCGUAUGUAUGUGUGGGAGUGAAAAAGUAUAUAUGUGUGUGUGUGUGUGUGUGUGUGUGUGCGCGCGCACGUACGUCAAAGCAUCGCCAAAUUUAUACGGCUAUGAUGCCGCGUGAGAUAUUUCUCACAUCGCGGUCGUGACGAAGCUUUCAUGUAAAUAUCUUGCGGUUUACGGUGCGGCGUGAUGAAGCUUCCGGUUAUCGCCGACCAGAACGCAGAGCCACUUCGGCGUGAAUUCGCGACGUAAUAUGCAUUCGCGGUGCAUCGUCCUCGAUGGCAGACGGACGUCGUCUGACGACGCCGUGACUUUCCGACGCUUGAAGAGAACGUUGAACAGUGCGCGCAACUCUUGAGCGUUACUCUCAUCCCUCGAGGAUCGAUAUAUCAGCAUUAAUAUUAAUUGUUAUAUAAAUACUUAUCGAGCCGAGUUCUGUCGCGAAAUGUUACAAAAGCUCGAGGAUGAUUUUGUCGGGCGCAAAUUCGUACCAAUUGUUUCUUCGGAUAAACGUUCUUUCCGCCACACAUAGUUUGUAAUAUUUCCAUAUUAUUAACUACUAAAGAACGCAAGAGAACAACCCGCCGGAGUCGGGGCGAAAGAUCGGUCCACUGGCACGACAAACCGGGGAUAAGCACGAGGAAUGUUAGCUUUGCGCAUCCUAAGGACGUCCUGAGAAGACCUGAGAAUUCCUUGGAACCCAACAUCCGAGAAAAUAUCCAAAACUCCUUUCGUUGAUCGAAGGAUCGCAGGAUCCCGGAAGAUCGGAGGUCCCAGUGUGUCCCAUCUAUCAACAGAGAUCCGAGCGUCUCGGGAUUUGCAAAAUCUCGAUAUCCACGGAUCAUAGGAUUCCAGAUUUCUUGAAUCUCGAGACACCGUGAACGAGGAUCCUAGAAUUCGAGGAUAUCUUCUAAGGAUACAUUCCAAGAUUCGAGGAUCCCGAAGAAUCGCGAGAUCACGGGACUCGUGGAUCCCAACUGAGUUUUGAUCGUCUCGGAACCCGACACGUCUCGAGAUUGCGAAUUUUAGGAUUCUACCCGGAUAGCACAGGAAUAUUCGAUGAAUGUUUUAUGAGUAUUACAAAUAUUUAUACAUUCUAUGAAUGUACUAAAACACUCAUAUGUUCAUAGUACGUUCAUAGUGUAUUUGAAUGACGUAACUAUAAAUGUUGUAUGUGUGUGAAUGUGCAUACAUUUACAAAAUGUAGGUUAAUCCUUUAAGGCCCAGUGUACAUGAUUAUGUACACACUUACUUUGAAUCUUCUUCAAAUUCUUUAUAUUGGCAAAGUGAUGAUUCUGUCGAUAUGAUACUAUUGAUCUAUCUUGGAUCUUCGUUCCAAAACGUGAAACACUGAUUUUCCCGCUGAAGAAAUCAAUAUAGCGAUUGUGUUUAGAGAAGAAUCGUUGAUGUUCGAAAUUAUGUAAUUUUUCAUGAAAAAACGAGAAAAAACAAAUUUUAUUUUCUCAACUUUUUGUCAUUUUAAAGUACAAAGUUAACGCUUUUAUGUUCAUUAUUAUGGUAAUAAUAUAUUAAAUUCUGUAGCUGGGAGGGUAUACAUGUGCAGACAUGUAUGACUUAAAAGAUAUAAUUAUGUACAUAUUCAGGAGAUCGUACUUCUCGACGGUUAAUUUUAUUCGGAUCACAAAACUCUUUAUCAGUAACGUCUUUUGAAAUUAUUCUAUGAAAAAAAAAGUGUAUUCGAAGGGGAUUGAUGCCUGGACCUUAAAGGAUUAAUCAUUAAUUUUGCUGUUGCAAUUAUAAAAGAAUAAUUUAAGUAUCUCAUUUCAUAGAUAUGUUUCAUUAUUAUAACAAAUACAUAGAAUUUUGGAACAUUUGGAAAACUUUUCAUUUACAUGAAUGCAUUGCACUAAAUAAAUCUGACCAAUGUUCUUUUCUAUUGUGAAGAUACGCAAAUCUCUAACUGCACAUACAAUAUUGUAGAUACAUUCAUAGAAUAUCCGAUUCGGAUAUUGUAAUGUUAAGAACAUACAUAUUUCAUAAGGAUAUUCGUAGAAUAUUAUGUGUUAUCGUGGUAAAGAUCCUGCUGGAUCCCGAGAUACGAGGACUCGCGGUUCUCUGAGUGUUUCCUAAGUAAUCCGUGAAUUCGAGGACUCGAGACGAAGACUCCUCUGAGAGGCGCCGGGAGAUCCGCGGGAUUCCGGUCUUCUUGACGCGAAGUAUCGCGCGGCAAAGUGUCCGCGCGAUUUAAAAAAAUGCGACGAACGCGCACGCCUUUGGAACCCAGCCACGACCUUUCGCCCGCGCUGCAAAGAUAAACGUAGUUACUAAAAGAGCAAGCCAUUUUUACGCGCGCACACGCAUACCCCCUCCCUGUGCGUAUACCGCGUGUGAUCGUGUAUAUAUGUAUUGUUGUAACGGUUGAAAGGCGCUUAAAAAAAAAACAGAUACACAAAAAAGGUAAAACCGAACGGGAGAAAGAACAGAGAGAAAAUCCAAAAAAAAGAAAAUAACAGGAAAUGAAAUGGUAGCAACAUUAACAAUCGCGCAGAAAAAAAAUUUGUUGUUCAUCUAUUCGACAUUGUGUGCUCGACGUGAAAAACCGAAAGGAGAAGAAAAAGUAAGAUAGAAACCAAAAAAAAAGAAACUAGAUACAAUUACUAUUACGGCUCACACAUUCGAACAAAAAGAAAAAAAAA